AUGUCACGGAAACACCGAGGCUGCACAGCGCGUGCUAUCACACGUGACUCUGCUGACUCCGGGCACGUGGGUCCUUCUACGCUACAGCCUGAUCUCACAUUGGACACUGAAAUUGAGUCAAAUGACUCAGGUGUAGCGGAGAAUGAAGACAUUAACGUGAGGCGUGAUUGUGUGCUUCGAUGCCUGAGCAUCUACCUCAAUGAAGAUCUGGACACACUGGUUAAAGAAUACAUGGAAGUAAAUCCACUUAGUUCAGAGGAGCCAGAGGAUACAGUGGGCCGGGUCCUGGCAUCUAAAAGCCUCCAUUAUGCCAAGGACGACAGUUUUCGUUCAAACAACAAGGAUGCAUGUUGUGGACUGUCUGCUUACGAACUCCAGCGCCUUGAGAACAUCAAAGAGAAAGAGGCCUUCUUGUCGUCUUUGAAGAUAUGGCAAGCAGCUGAGGAUAUGAGGCAAUCAGUAAAGCCAAAGACGCAUGUCAAGAGGUCAAAGGCUUUAUUGGUAAAAGAGCAGUUUAUGCACUCUCCCCGGAAAUCCCUCCGUCUUAAAGAACCACAGAACCUUACCCUCAGUGAAGGAUCAGCCCAUAAACACGACAUUGAAUCCAGAGAGGCUGAGGCAGACAUUGGCGAGAAGACCAUGGGCAUCUACACAGUCCAAGCAGAAGUUGAUGUUCCAGGUGAUGGACGCUUUGCUGAUGUCGGAGUUGUGCUGGAAGGUGGGUUCACAGAUGGGUAG